AAAGAGAGGAGGAGCCGAAGCUGUUGGGUCGCUUUUUAGAUCAGUGUUGCGUCGCUUUACUAAAUUCCACCUCCGACACCAACCAAACCCCACAUUUUGUUUUUUGAAUUUUGUUUUUCAGGCCCUCUAUGAUCGAUCCCUGUCUGGCUUUCCAUUAAGAUAAUCACAAGAUUAUUCGCCCAUUCCUCUGAGCUCGAACGAUCCAAUCUCGUCUCAGAUUUGCUUUGGUUUCUCUAGGCGCUUUCACAUUGCUGCGAAAUAUGAAUGCCGAUAGGCAAGUUUAGUGAUGGGUAUCAUUGCAAUUUGCGAGAUAGUGAGUGGGUAUGUGCUUUUUCUGGCAAAAGACUAGAGAACAGAAUGUUUUCUGAGAAACUGACUGGAGAAGAAUCUCUUGGUCAAGAUUUUGAGGCUUUGAGUGUGUCGAAACGUCUCUUCAGAAGUGUAAGCCAGAAGUGGAAGAAGAAGUCCAAAGGUGGAGGAGAAGAAGAGGAUGAUGUGCGGGGGGUUUCUUUGAGAUGUCUUACUUUAUAUGGUAGAGGUGGGGGCUGCAAAGUGGGGGCUGACACUAGUGGUGAAUUUCGGGAUCCAAGUAGCAGAAGAAGGUCAAGUUCCAGUGAAGAAGGAAAGGGAUACAAAAUGAUAUGUGGCACUGAGGAAACUGGGGUGGAUUGCUUCUCAUAUGGGGUGAAGGAGAAGUUUUGGAAGAAAACUAGUAAAAAAGAUUUUGAACUUGAAGAAUCCGUAAGAAACAGUAGAAUGCACAUAUUUCUUCCAGAUGAUAUUCUGGAAAUGUGCUUGGUGAGGCUUCCACUGACAAGUCUUAUGACUGCCCGCCUUGUCUGCAAGAAAUGGCGAUACCUAACUACCACUCCUAGGUUCCUGCAUAUGAGACGGGAAGGUUCACAUCAGAAUCCAUGGUUGUUUCUUUUUGGUGCUGUUAAAGAUGGCUAUUGCUCUGGCGAGAUACAUGCAUUAGAUGUUUCUCUAGACCAAUGGCGUAGGAUAGAUGCUGAUAUUCUAAAGGGAAGGUUCAUGUUCUCUGUUUCCAGCAUUCAGGAUGAUAUAUAUAUCGUUGGAGGUUGUUCCAGCUUGACCAACUUUGGGAUGUUGGACAGGAGCUCAUUCAAGACACAUAAAGGGGUGCUAGUGUUUAGUCCCUUGACUAAAUCAUGGCGUAAAGCUGCAUCUAUGAAGUAUGGGAGGUCAACGCCUAUUUUAGGGGUUUCCAAGGUCAGUUCAGAUUUUUCAAUCUAUCAAAGUCAUCAAAAUCGGCAUGAUAGACGCUUUUCCAGAUCACGGGUUGGUGGGGUUUCAGAUGUUUAUGAGGAUCCUCACAGGCUUUCACUAAGAAGACAAUGCAGAAAUGCUUUGGAAGAAAACGAGGCUUCAUUGUUGCCCAAUAAAAAGUCAUACAAAUUUACUAGGCAAAAAAGUGAUCAGUUGGGCACAAAGGGCUGUCGAAGGUUUGUGCUGAUUGCUGUUGGAGGUCUUGGAUCUUGGGAUGAGCCUUUGGAUUCUGGAGAAAUCUAUGACUCUGCAUCAAAUAAAUGGGCAGAAAUCCAGAGGAUGCCUGUAGAUUUGGGAAUUGUUUGUUCUGGUGUUUUUUGUAAAGGUGUCUUUUAUGUAUAUUCUGAGACUGAUAAACUUGCAGGAUAUGACAUAGAAAGGGGUUACUGGAUUCGGGUCCAAAUGACUCCUUUCCCAUCCUAUGUUCACGAGUACCAUCCAAAACUUGUAUCUUGUAAUGGGCGGCUGUUCAUGCUUUCUGUCUCCUGGUGUGAAGGAGACGGUCAAAUAGGCCGAAGAAACAAGGCUGUUAGGAAACUAUGGGAACUGGAUCUCAUGUAUCUUACAUGGACUGAGGCCUCGGUACAUCCUGAUGCUCCAAUGGACUGGAAUGCUGCAUUUGUCGGGGACAGAAACCUGAUAUUUGGGGUUGAAAUGUUCAAAAUAUUUGGUCAGGUCUUGGAUUUCUUGACUGUAUGUGACGUGUCUGAUCAUGGGGCUAAAUGGAGCCAUAUUACAAGGAAUCAUGUAACUCAUGAAUUUGAUGCUUCUUCAUGCACAACAAAAUCACUGGCAGUGCUACAUCUGUGAAGCCUAUUGUAAACAGCAACUCGUGCAGAAAAUUAAAGACGUCCUAACCCCUAAUGGUCAUUCUGAGAGGACAUAACAACUGGGGGAAAAUUCUGUUUGGAAUUCUUUGGACAUAAUCCUGGACACUACACAUCUGGUCUCAGUUUCUGAUUCUGGCAGCGACUAGAGGUAUGGCUUGCUCGUGUAACAUUUGAUGUAAUUUAUUCCACCACCAUUCAUACAAUUGAUUCUGUACUUUUGCUUUUGCAUAUAUUGCACCAGUAUAUUUCUUUCCUGUUAAACGUCCAAUUUGUGGAUUUUGUUUCAGCUCAAUUUAUAGCCCUUCAGAACCU